GCUGCAGUAUGUCCUUUUUUUUUUCUCUCCAGGCUUUGAGCUCGUGAAAUGUCAAAGCAAAGGGUAAAUCUGGCUCCCAACAGCGCUCCACAUCCAUUUCUGAUGUCAUCAUUAGACAUGUGUGUCACAGAUUAGACUGUCGGCCUCAUCCGGCACACCGGCCUACGGCUUUUUAUUCGGCAGGUGGGCUACGUGGGCCGCUUUCGCUGCCUCGUUGAGCAAUUAAGAUAAGCAAUUCGUAUCCAGUCUUGCUGCUAUUUCUUUUUCUUUUCCUGCGGACAAUUUUGUGUUAUUUGCACAAUUUCAGUGAGUGUGUCAUGGGUUCUGCUCUGCACAACCAGCCUGCUGAAUCGAGCAACGCAAAUAUCAUGACUCAACUCUAUGGAAAUAGCCCUAGGCUUUCAAAGGGAAGAUUUGCACAUUUAUUUGUAUUUGCAGUCUGAGGAUUCAGGAGGAAUUUAAAAGGACAGCAACAAUGAUGGGGCUUUGUGUGGUGGUCUCCAUCCAGUGCAACCCCCGUCUGUCCUCAUCUCCAUCGCUAUUUUGUCGAGGUGGUAGCGAGGCGCACUGUGAAGGCUGCACAGAGUACUGCUGUGAAGGCUCGCCGCCUUUCUGCUGCUCCUACUACGCCUACGUCGGGGACGUCCUCUCAGGCACUGCCAUCUCCGGCAUAGUGUUCGGCGUGGUGUUUCUGAUGGGGGCGGUGGCGGCCCUGUUCCUGUGCGUGUGCAUGUGCAUGAAGAACGGACGCGGAGCGCGGGUCGGAGUUUUCAGCGCCUCCUACAUCAACACUGUUACCCAGGGUUACCCAGGUCCUCCACCUCCUUACAGCUACAACUAUGAGAUGUACCCACCGUCAUUACGACCCCCACCCUACACCCCAGCCCAGCCUCAACAAGCCAACUACUCUCCGCCGCCUCCUUACCCCGGCUUCACCCGCAAGUGAAUCCUCGCCAUGCAGAUCGCACGCUGGCUGGACCAUAAAUGGACACUCGUCGCGUUCGCUUUUCGGGUUCACCAAACUAAAAUUGUCAGAAUACCCCCCCCCCCCCCCCCCAACGCUCAGCUUUACUGCACUGCCGCUGCUUUGAAGCAGGACCUCUGGUGGGAAGAGAACCAUCUGAGAGAAAAUGUGGGUCAGGAUUGGAAACGCACACAUGCCUCAUCACGUCUGAAAGACUUAACUUGUUGGCAGCUUAACUGUUCUGACCUGCACUCUCUGCCCCCAUUUGUGCACAUCAAAGGUACUGGCUACACUUUGAUGAAGGUGAAGACCAUGUUUUUUCUCUUCCGCAUCGUCACGAGUGGGAAGGAAUUGUCAGCGAUAAACUGCAGACAACUUCUUCUCUUCUUUUUCCCCCAUUCUUGGAGCUAUUUUGCUCCACUUUUAUUUGAAACGAUGAUUAUUUUUUAUUAUAUCGGAUCUGGAGCUGCUUUGUAUUAAACUGAAAGACUUGACUUAAUCCAUUAUAAUAAAAAUGCUGACUUUAAACCAUAGCCAGCUCAAAACUGGACUGUUGUAAUAUACUGACUUUUUUUUUUUUUUGCCGCAUUUUAAAUAAUGCAGGGUAUGGGGGGAGGUUUAAAUUCAAAGUGACUUCACUGUGCUUGAACUGUGAAUUGAUGGGACUUCAUCAUUAUAAAUAUCAGGUCAAUAACUGUUUCUCUACUGUGUCAGUACCUGUGUUGUAAAUUAAAGAUAUGUUUUUGAAUACAGA